UUUUGGCGUGUACUAAGGCGGGUCAUCAUAAUUCCUAACUAAUCAACUAAAGUGUGUUGAUUGUGUCGAAUUGGUACUUUUGGUUGAUCCUCCAGAAGCUUAGGAAUUCGUUUGGCGCGGCGUAUUUUGGUCUUUUCCUUUAUCUCUGUGUUGUUGUACGUAUAUAUCCUUGUUAGUUUUAACCCUUCAACUACUCAUCACACGCAGAAAGAGAAAGAGAAAGAGAAAGAGAAAGAGAGAGAUGGUUGCACCCGCGAGACCUCAGUUCGUUCUCUUUGGAUCCUCCAUCGUUCAGCUAAGUUACAGCCAUACCGGUUGGGGUUCCUUUCUUUCCGACAUUUACUCUCGCAAGGCAGACAUAUUGUUAAGAGGAUACUAUGGAUGGAACUCGCGACGUGCCCUUGAAGUCCUCGAACAAGUUUUCCCAAAGGAUGCUGCUACACAGCCUUCUCUUGUGAUAGUAUACUUUGGAGGUAAUGAUUCCAUGGGUCCUCAUUCAUCUGGUCUAGGCCCUCAUGUGCCUCUUCAAGAAUAUAUUGCAAACAUGAGAAAGAUUUUGGUUCAUAUUCAGAGCCUCUCAGAAAAUACGCGUAUCAUUGUUCUCAGCUGUCCUCCUGUCAAUGAGGAAAAAGUGCGUGGAAACACUAGUUCAAUUUUUAGUGAGCUGGUAAGAACAAAUGAUUUAUGCGGAAGCUAUUCAGAUGCUUGUAUAAAGCUAUGCCAGGAACUGGGUGUGAAAGUCAUUGAUCUUUUUAAUGCAUUGCAAAGUAAAGAUGACUGGGAGAAUGCUUGUUUUACUGAUGGUGUCCAUUUGGCCGCCGAGGGAAGCAAAAUUGUGGUGAAAGAGAUACUGAAAGUACUUAAGGAGGCUGAUUGGAAGCCAUGCCUCCACUGGAAGUCCAUGCACACUGAAUUUUCAGAAGAUUCACCAUAUGAUCUUGUUGCUGCUGACGGCCAAAAAACACUGAAUCCUUCUGAGUGGACUUUUCACAGAGAGAUUCAGUGGGAUUAGGAUAUUGAGUUAUCAACCUUAUAUUAGCAGUUUCCUUAUUUACGUUUUGUUAAAAAAAUAUUGAUUUGUUAAAAGGUGACAAAAUUGUCAUUCAUAAAGUUUGUAAUUUUCUGAUUUAAUUGAAAUUUAGCUGAUAUAGAGUAGAAUAUAGUCCUAUACUUCCGUAGCUAUAUGCAAAUUUCAUCAUGUCUUUGUCGUUCAAGGAAUUUCUAAAAUCAGUGUAAUAAGUUAUAUCUUUAUGGACAAAUAUUAGUUUUUAGUUUUA